UUUGCACUUUUAUGUAAGUUGUUUACUUUAAUUUGUGAUCACACUUGCACCAUGUUUGACAUUCUGAAAAGAUUGUUUGCAGGCCAAAGAAGAACUUUUAGUUUGGAAUUAUUAGCCAAGUUUUCAGACGUAACAAUAACUGUCACUUUUCCAGAUGGAACUAGUACAGAUUACAAGUUGGAUAGGGCGACACUUGGUAAUGUCUAUAAAAUAUUAGUUGCAAAUUCAACUGUAGAGUCGAAUAUUUGCAUCAAGGAAAAAGAUAAGAAGGUUUUCGAAGUAUUCUUGAAAUAUAUUUACCAAUACAUUUCAUAUGAUGAUCUUGAUGAAUUAACAGUAAGACAAAUCGAUGGUUUGUAUCUUAUGUCAAAAACAUAUGAAAUUGCUGAAUUGUCAAUUAUUUGCAAGUACCUCUUAGGACUAGAGCUGAACGUUGGUAAUGCUUUGGAAUGUUUUUAUUUGGCAACAAAAACAGAGUGCGAAUAUAAGAAAGCUGCCUGCAUGAAUUUUAUAGCAAAUAAUGCUGAUGAAAUUCUUCUUCAUAAAAAAUUGGCUCAACUGGACGCUGGUGUUCUGAGUGAAAUUAUUAAUUUGCCUUCGUUAAAUAUGGAAGAAUUGAAUCUCCUCCAUGCUUUGUAUGAAUAUGCUUCUAUAAAUAUUAAAAAAAGGCCAAAAUGUAGCCACAUCGAAGAUAGUAAUUUAGUUACUAUUAAUCGAACUAUUCAAAAUAUAACUAUUAAAAAAAUAUGUUCAUCUGCAACUAAUCGUAGAAAUUUUGGAACCAUCAUAUAUGAACACAACAUAAAUUCUGAUCAAGAAAUAUUGCAUAUCAGAAAUUUUCUCUUGUCGCAUGGUUUGAUUAACAAAGUUCGUAUUCUAACUUCUGAUGUAAAUGAUCUAUUAUUUGAUCCAAUUUUUUUAAAAGCAUUUGACGCUAAUGAUAUCAUAUUUAUAUACGAUUACUUAUAUUCAGAAGAAGAGGCCAAACCAGACAUCAAGAGUUUGUUUAUUUGCUCAAUAACUGAACCAAGAAUGACACCUAUCAGAGCCAAAAGACCUCGCAGAGCCAAAUUAUUUGCUAAAAUAACAGCUUCUGUGAAAUUUCAAUCAGAAUUUCCAGGACGUAUCAAACCCAUAGAGAAGCUUGUAGAAAAAUUUGAGUAUCUAUGUGCCGUCCCUAUGUCAAUCGAAUAUAUAGUAUGGCGUACAAAAAUGCCCAAGUCUGAACUCGAUAGACUUUCAAUAAAUUUAAUAGUAGAUGACAUAGCAUUACCAAUACGUUCAAGGUCAAAUCUGACAAUAGAUACAUUUAUGAAAACUAACUUUGAUUCAAUCAAAGGAAAGAAUCAUGUUUUUCGUAAAGGAUCCAAAUUUGAAAUAAUGUUUGAAACAAAAUCUCCUUAUAAGAGGAUCGACUAUUGGUUACUCAAGAAAGACAACAACUAUAAAAUUUUGGACCAUGGUGAUAGAUAUUGGACUCGCAUAAAAGAGUUUGGGCUAACAUUUCAUAUUGGGAUUUGAUUAAAAUAAUUUGUUUAUAACAA